UUUUCUCUCUGUGCUUUUCUUUCUUUCCUUUCUCCUCUCUGAUCUGCACUCUCUCCAUCUCGCUUGGGAUGCCCGCCUCUCUCCACCUACCGUCUACCGCUCUCCCUCUGUUUAUUUCUCUGUGCUCUCUCUGUGUGCUUUCUCUCUCCCUCCGUGUCUUUCUCAGUCUGCGUUACACCGUCUCCUCCCGACUGUGCUCUCGCCAUCCCUGCUUCGCCUGGUUCCUCCACGCGCUCUGCUCGCUCUCUCUCUCUCUCUCUCUCUCUCUCCUUCUCGCUCUCUCUCUCCAGGCUGUGCCUCAUUGGUGUGUCCUGAUUCCCUUUUUCCAUUAGGCUCCAGGCCCAUUGGUCGCCCGCCUUCCAACCAUUAUCUCCACACCUCCACCCCUCUGUCAUCCUUUCUCCCUUUGCUCUCCCUCCUUCCCCUCAUUCCCAGUCAUCUCUCAAGUCGUAAAAAUGAUUUGCAUGCAGGAGGAGAGCAGAACUUUGCAGUGAGCACAGUAAGUGAAUUGGAAGGAGAGUAAGGGAGAGAAGUAAAGGAAAGGCUGAAAAAGGAGAGGAAGCGCAUUCUGGAGAGCAGGAGGAAAAGUUGAAAGUGAAGACUGCAGUUGAAAAUGAGUGUGGAGGAGACGUGGUGAGCCGUUCCUCGCCAGCUGAAAGUCAGUGGGUCACGGUGGAAGCAGAGGUCUGGACCUAACAGCUGUCUCAACCCCAAUCCCUUUCAGAUGGAGGUGGAUGCAGACAAUAAGCGCCAUCGAACUCGCUCCAAAGUGCCUGUGGAUCCAGCAUUAACGGAGCUUUUCAGUGUGUACGGCUGCCCCCUGGCCAAGAAGAGAAAGAGCCUAGACAGACAAACCCUGGAAACCUCCCCCAAGAGGAGCACCUACCUAGAUGACAUGGACAACUCCACCAUGGAGGAGUGCUACGAGACGGACGCAACCGAGGAGAUGGACGACAGGGAGGAAGAGGAGGAGGAAGGAGCUGUAGAGGAGGAGGAAGAGGGAGAAGUGGAGGAGGAGGAGGAAGAAGAGGAGGUGGAAGGCUACAUGGACUACAAUGUCGAGCAAAUGGAGCAUGAACAAGAGGAGGUGGACAGAGGGGAUGGAGAGGGUGAGGAAGAAGAGGAAGAGGAGGUAGAAGUGGAGCAAGAAGAGGAGGAAGAGGCUGAUGAUGGGAGGGUGGAGGAGGCAGAGGAAGAGGAGGAAGCAGUAGAGGACGUGGACUAUGAAGAGGGAGAGGAGGAGGAAGGAGAGCAGAGUCAAGGGCAAGAGGACGAUGAGAUGAGCGGCAGCGAGGGGGGCGAGGGCGAUGGAGGAGGCGGCAGGGGCGGCGGCGGCAACGCCAAAUCUGGCCCGGCGACGGAGAAGGACAGCAACAACAAUGACGAGUACGAGAACUACGAUGAACUCGUGGCCAAGUCCCUCCUCAACCUGGGCAAGAUCGCAGAAGACGCUGCCAACCGAGCCAUGACGGAAUCUGAGAUGAACAGCAACUCCUCUAACAGCGCUGAGGAAGAGGACGACGAAGAGGAAGAGGAUGAGGAGGACGAAGAAGAGGAGGAGGAGGAGGAAGAAGAAGAGGAGGAGGAGGAAGAUGAAGAAGAAGAGCGGGUCGAAACACAGAGGGGUGAUCUGAGUUUGGACGUUGACAGUGAUGUGGUCCGGGAGACGGUGGACUCCCUUAAACUUCUGGCACAGGGACAUGGUGCAGUAUUGUCUGACAAUUUAGAUGGACAGGAGUUUGAGGACGGUACAGCCGAGAACGACUGCACUCAUAAUGGGGGAAGUGCGCACAAUGGUGGUAAUGGACAAGUUAAGAUCAACAGUAAUGGACAAAUAGAAAACAGCGACGAGGAAGUGUGUUUAAGCAGUCUGGAGUGCCUACGAAACCAAUGCUUUGACUUGGCUCGAAAACUAAGUGAAACGAAACCAACCGACCGAAACGGACCGUCGCAGCAAAACCAUUUUUCAUGCGGGGAUCCCAAUCAACAGCCCCAGCAUCACGGCUAUGGGGAUUUCCACCAUAGCCAAGACGACAGGCGAACACUUGAUAGGAACUAUUCGGACAUGGACAAUCUCAUGAAGCUAGAGGAGCAGCUGAGCCCGCGCUCCAAGGCCUUUUCCAGUUGUGCGCAGGACAACCGGUAUCAUACCAACCUACGGGACUUUGAUGAGGACACAGCCUCUGUGACGUCGGACCGAUCAGAAGAAGUGUUUGACAUGACAAAGGGUAACCUGUCCCUGUUGGAGAAGGCCAUUGCACUAGAGUCAGAACGCGCAAAGGCAAUGCGGGAUAAAAUGGCGGCCGAGGCUGCCAGGAGAGACGGGGUGAGGUAUAACCACGAAGACCAUGGCCUGCGACAUGGCUACAGUGUUGAGCGUAAAGCCCGGCUUCCUGAUGGUAUGAAGAAGCCUUUCUACCAUAAAGAGGCUUCACGUGCAGACAAGAAGGAAAGUCGGUGUCCAACACCAGGCUGCGACGGCACGGGUCACGUUACGGGCCUGUACCCCCACCAUCGGAGCCUGUCCGGCUGUCCGCACAAAGACAGGGUGCCACCAGAAAUUGUGGCUAUGUAUGAGAAUGUUCUUAAGUGUCCUACGCCUGGCUGCACGGGACGUGGCCAUGUCAAUAGCAACAGAAACUCCCACAGAAGUCUGUCAGGAUGUCCCAUCGCUGCCGCCGAGAAGCUGGCCAAAGCCCAGGAGAAGCACCAGGGCUGCGACGGCCCCAAGUCCAACCAGGCCUCCGACCGAGUCUUAAGGCCUAUGUGCUUUGUCAAACAACUGGACUAUCCACAGUAUGGUUACAAGAACAAUGUCUCCACCAGCACGCCCCGCUCCAACCUGGCCAAGGAGCUGGAGAAGUACUCCAAGACCAGCUUUGACUACAGCGCUUUCGACGGCAGUAACAACCACCAAGUGUACGGGAAACGGGCCAUCGCACCCAAAGUUCACGGACAAAGAGACACCUCCCCCAAAGGAUAUGACGCCAAACGUUACUGCAAGAACUCCAGCUCGGCCAGCAGCACCACCAGCACCUACGCUCCCAGCAGUAGCAGCAGCAGCCUCAGCUGUGGAGGUGGAGGAGGGGGCGCAGGCGGAGGCCGGGGGGGCGGGGGCAGCAGCGCCAGCAGCACAUGCAGCAAGAGCAGCUUUGACUUCAGCCAUGACAUGGAGGCCGCCCACAUGGCGGCUACGGCCAUCCUCAACCUGUCCACGCGCUGCCGGGAGAUGCCACACGGCAUGGGGGGGAAGCCCCAGGACCUGUGCUCGCAGAGUCCGGGUCUAGAUGUUGAUGAGAAUGGCACGUUGGACCUGAGUAUGAGCAAGCGUCUGUGCAGUGGCGGCGGAGGGGACUCGGUGCUCACCCCUCUAGAGCCCAUGUCCCCCCAGAGGCAAGCUGCCCUGCUGGGCUCCCGCUGCUACGGCAUGGGGGACACCGCCGACUGCUGGGACCUGCCUGUAGACUACACCAAGAUAAAACACAUAGACGAGGACGAGAAAGAGCCGGAUGACCUGGACCCCUUCCAUGACUUGCUGGAUGACCGCUCCUACACCACAGAUGUUACCAUGCCCAGCCCCAAGCCCAAGUAUGUCCAGUGCAAGGAGAGUAAGAAGGACCUGAUAACCUGUCCCACACCGGGGUGUGAUGGAAGUGGUCAUUUGACGAGCAAUUUCUCCUCACAUCGAAGUCUCUCAGGUUGUCCUUUAGCUGAUAAAAGCAUCCGAAGUAUGCUGGCCAACAACGCACAAGAGCUCAAGUGCCCGACACCAGGGUGCGAUGGUUCGGGACAUAUCACUGGCAACUACGCCUCACACAGAAGUCUCUCAGGGUGUCCGCGGGCCAGGAAAAGUGGGAUAAAGAUCAUUCACAGUAAAGAGAACAAGGAGGACCAGGAACCUAUCAGGUGUCCAGUCCCAGGUUGUGAUGGUCAGGGACACGUUACAGGGAAGUAUGCGUCCCACAGAAGCGCGUCAGGAUGCCCCAUAGCAGCCAAGAGACAAAAGGACGGCUACCUAAAUGGCAUCCAGUUCACAUGGAAGUCUGGCAAGACAGAGGGCAUGUCCUGCCCCACACCGGGCUGUGACGGCUCGGGUCACGUCAGCGGCAGCUUCCUGACACAUCGGAGCCUGUCCGGUUGUCCACGUGCCACCUCCGCCAUGAGGAAAGCUAGGCUCUCCGGAGUGGAAAUGCUAACAAUAAAGCAGCAACGUGCCAGCAACGGACUGGAGCACGAAGAGGAUAUCAAACAGCUGGAUGAUGAAAUCAAAGAUUUAAGUGAAUCAAAUUCACAAGUGGAAGCUGACAUGAUCAAACUUCGAACACAGAUUACAACAAUGGAGUCCAGCCUGAAGUCCAUAGAGGAGGAAAACAAGGUGAUUGAACAGCAAAAUGAAUCUCUCCUGCAUGAGCUGGCCAACCUCAGCCAGUCACUGAUUAACAGUUUAGCUAAUGUCCAGCUCCCUCAUAUGAAACCUAUGGCACACAAAGAGCCCCCUCUAAGGAAUAACAGCUGCUUACAGUUGCACCAGCAAGAGCCAAUAAGCGAGCAGAACUUUGACGCCUACGUCACCACUCUAACGGAUAUGUACUCAAACCAAGACCAGUUCCAGAGCCCAGAAAACAAAGCCUUGUUGGAAAACAUCAAGCAGGCUGUUCAAGGGAUUCAAGUGUAACCGUUCAGCAAGGGAGAUUUUUGUUCCCCCAUGCAGGUGCGGGCGAUGUAUCAAAUGGUUUGGUCACCUCGGUUGGGUGCAGUAUCUUAUAUAGUGUUAUAUAUUCUCAAUUUUGUUGUCUCAAAAAAAAAGAAGAGGUAUGAUGCUUAAAAACCCUCACGAUUAUUUCUUUCUUUUCUUUUUUUUUUGGGCCUUGCUUUGAGGAAGAACAUUUAAGAGUGAACGGCAAAAUAGUUUUUGAGGACAUUCACAUUUUGUACGUUUUCAUAUGAGCUGACAUAGUGUCAUGUAAUGUUUCUAGCUGCUCAUGUAUGCACAUUUUUAGUGUAUAUUUAUGAACAGUAAGCUAAUGCUAAUGGGACGCAAGUUCUUUCUAUUGCUCGACAUCAAAGCAUUUUAGAUGAAAAAAAAACAAAAAAAACUGGACAGUGAAAGAAAAAUGGAAAAACUACAAGCAAGGAGGAAGCUACUCAUUUUUCUCCUCACUGGAUGAUUUUGGACUUGAUGAUUUUAGAUGUUUGUUUUCUUCUUCUUGCGUGUAGAUUUUUCAAAAGCAAGAACUGGUUUGCGAAAGCGCUUUAUUUUCUGACAAUGCUUGAGAAACGUUUGUGUUUUGUUUUGAUGAAGAAAAAAGAAGAUGUGUAGCUGUAGGUGGGGGCAUUUUUAAUUGGUGCUGUAAAUGAAUCCGGAGAGGAAACUGACCUGAUGUAUGUAUGAAUGUAUGUAUGAAUAGUUAUAUUGUAAACAUCAUUACACGGAAACCCGAUGGUGGAAAUCCCAUUAUCUAGGAGAGCCAAUUAAUUCCUAGAGGAACACAUACAGUGCAUGCAUGUUCACAUGCUCAUCCCUAACUAAUCUCAAAUAGAAAUGAUGUGUAAAGACAAUGACGUAUAGAGACCACAUCCUAGCCUUUCUGGUAUCAAAUCUGCGCAAUUUCGAGACUUGUGUUGCUAGGAUUAAGAAAUGUCUCAGCAAUAUUAUAACUAAAUCAUUUGUUUAUAGUAAGUAUGGGAUGCAAUCUGCAAAGGAAAAAAUAAAAUGUUGGGUAUAUGCAAUUUCUUGUUUAUAAGCAUAGCCGGGUAACAUGAAUCUUUUUAAUAUAGCCUAUGUAAAAUAUUGAUUUUUAUACAAAUCUUUUAAUACAAAAAGUCUUUUUAAAAAAGAGGAGGGAUCCUGGACAUUGCGUUUUAGAAGCGAAAGUAUAUGAGUUCCACUUUUUUUCUGUACGAUUUUGCACAGGGACACCUUCGUUUCCAUGUUUUGAUGUUCUUACAGAAACUAAAAGCAGUACCCAAGAGCCUAAAAGGAGGGUUUCAGAGGGUUUUGUAAAGAGUAUUUAUAGAGUACGACAGCGGGACUUACAGGGUCACUGUCCCCACUUAUGUGCCAGUAGACUAUUUGCACUUGUCCUUGAAGAUAUUAUCCUUACGUACGGCGGCGUGCAAUUUUCCAGAUGACCUCUUUGGCACACGAUUGGAGCAACCAACUGCUUGGAGCCACUGUAGGUGUGGAUUUGGUACCACUGAGAGAGGAAGAACAGGGACUUGAAAUCAGAGAAGAGGAUGAUUAUAACCAUAGCAGUUAUACUGUAGGCUAUUAUCAGAGUGUAAAAACAUUGUUCUUUCAUUUUUGCUAUGUUUUAGGAAGAUGAAGUUAUCCCCCCCAGCAGCACUUUAUAUCUAAUCACUGUACAGAGGAUUAAAUAGUCAAUCAAUUCAAGGUUUAAAAAAAAAAAGCUGAAGAAAUGGUGAAACAAGACCUUCGAGGGGUGAUACAACCCAGCGUCGCGCCCAUAUGCCUGACUGUAUGCACCCCUCCAUUCUGUUGUUCUAGUUGUUAGCGAUCAUGUUCAGAAUUGCCUUUUUGAGAGCUAAUGCAAAAGGUGCUUGUCGUUCACCUGAUUGAAUCUCAUCUAUUGUACUUUACUGUCCUCUUUCAGGACUCUGCUACCCAUCAUCCAUGACUGCAUACGCCUUUUUCCACAGCAUCGUGUCUGCAGCUUUUUUGCCAAUAUAGUAAUGCUUCAGUAGAGUAAUAGCUAGUACCAGUUUUUGAAUUAAUUCUCAUUAUCAAUAAAAAGGGAAAAAGGGAUUUUAAAGCACAAACCGGCUGCUCGUCUGAUGUUGGUACAUAAAUAACAAAUCUGAAUAGAGUUAUCUGUGACUAUCUAUAGGGAACACAAAAAGGUUGUCACAUAUUUAGAAAGCUGACUUUUCAUAUAAAUUAUUGUGAAUUCAUCAGAGUUUAUUGUUUUAUUUGAGCCAAUUCAUUUUGAGAUUGUUUUCGGUGACCAUUAACAAAGACAGGAUUUUGUAUAAACUAUUGUGCUCUCUGUGGAACUGAAGUUUGAUUUAUUUUUGUACUACACAGCAUGGAUUUGUUGACAUUUUAAUUUUGCUAUAAAUGUGUGAGAUCACAAGUUGCUGUGAUAUUUCAUUUAUAAAUUGUGAACUUUGUACAAUUUUUGUCAUGCUGGAUGUUGACACAUCUUACUCUGAAUAAAGAAAAAAUGUGUUGCCA